AUGAUGCUCCCGUCCCACGCCGAGCCGCCCGCGCCCGUCCCCAACGACACUGCCGGGGCUGAAGGCGGCUCCGAGUGCGCGAUGCAGACGCUCUACGAAGGCAAGCGAAGAUGCGAGUGCUGCAGGAACUGGGUGGAGGAGUACCCCAAGGACUUGCAGGUCAAGGUCGAGGCGAGGCCCGCGGUCAAGCAAAAGGCCCUCGUCGCGCGAAUGCGCCGGAACCACGACGGCGGCGAGGGCGACGGGGAGCCCCUGGCCCUCGACUCCCUCGUCGUCCAGAGCGCCUCCCUCAAGAGGACCCUCGGCGAGCUGUUCGAGGGGUUCCAGGGCAUCACCCCGUCCCUCAAGAAGGUUGUCUUCCGGUCGCCGUUCCGCCCCUUUUACUACCGCUGGAAGCGGUUCGGCGCCAUCCUGGACCGGCAGAGGCGCGACGACCCGGCCGCGGCCGCGUACACGCAGCUCCUCCACGACACGCUCAGCCGGCACUUCGGGGCCACCUUUGCCGAGAUUGACGACCUCGUCGGCCACGGCGUCAUCACGCACUCUCUCCUCUGGGCGCUCUUCGAGCCCGGCACGCUCGCCGUCGCCAAGGAGGACGGCGACGAGCGCUUCUUCCUCGUCGACGGCUGCACCGAGAGCCAGUUAGGUCCUGUGGGCGUCAUGGUGCGCUUCAUCGACUGGGACGGGUCCCGGUUCGGGUAUGCCAAGGCCGGCAUCCACAUCCCUCCGUUCGACGGCACUUGCGAGAUCAACAAGCUCGGCAUCUACCCGGCGCGCUUCCACGGGUCCCAACAGACGGCCGAGGCCGAGGCAACGCUCCGGGGCCGGCGGUUCCACGCACUCGGCGGCUUCCACCACAAGGCCUACUCCGGGAUGGCACGUGUCAAGAGCCGGGCGGCCACACCGCGCCACGUCGACGGCCGCAUCAUCGUCGAUGCCGCGUCCUACUUCCACGCCAACAACGCGAAGGAGGAGCUCGUGCCCCUCUCGGAAUCCUUAACGCCCAGGAUCGACGUCCAGGACGACGCACACAACAGCGGCAACAACAGAACCAGAUCGACGUCGGAGAUGGACCGGCGCAGGCAGAGGAGAGACCGGGAUCCAGUCAGUGGUUUUCCUGAAAACAGCUCACCCCUUUGUUUCCCCCCAAACACAUCGCUGACCCAAGUUCGUCCAUCCGCCAAAGUCCCCGCCCUCACGGACACGCAGCUGCUCAUCUGCAACACCACCGUCAAGGGCUACUCCCUCAAGCUCAAGCGCUGGGCCGAGUUCCGGGUGGCCGACGUGGCCGAGGUCGCCUUCAACGACGCCGCCUUCCCGAACCUGAUGCUCCCGGGCGGCUACAAGAACCUGAUCCUCUCCUUCGUGGACGGGCAGGCCAAGCCGGGCGACAACACAUUUGACGACGUCAUCGAGGGGAAAGGCCGCGGCAUCGUCAUGCUCCUGACCGGCAACCCGGGCGUCGGCAAGACGCUGACGGCCGAGGCCGUGGCCGACAAGCUGCGGAAGCCGCUGUACGUCCUCAGCGCCGGCGAGCUGGGCGAGGCGAGCCGCGGCGUCGAGCAGCGCCUGCGGGAGGUCCUCGAGCUGACGGAGAAGUGGAACGGCGUCCUCCUCUUCGACGAGUGCGACGUCUUUCUCCAGGAGCGCUCGGCGAACGCGCUAGCCCACAACGAGAUCGUCGCCGUGUUCCUCCGACUCCUCGAGUACCACCGCGGCAUCCUCAUCAUGACCACGAACCGCGCCGACUCCAUCGACCGGGCGUUCCAGAGCAGGAUCCACCUGACGCUCCACUACCCGGACCUCGACGCGGCGGCCAAGGAGCACAUCUGGCGGCAGUUCGUCGCGCGCUCCCUCUCCAUCUCGGAACGGGACGACGGCCGCGGCGCCGCGGCCGCCUCCCUGGCGGACGAGUCCUUCGCGCGCCUGGCGAGGCUGCCCCUGAACGGGCGGGAGAUCAAGAACAUCGUCAAGGUCGCCACGCUGCUCGCCUGCCAGGAGCAGACGGCGCUGGGCAUGGGGCAGAUCGAGACCGUCCUCCGGGCGACCAGAGGCAUGGGGCCGGAGCUGGACGUUCUCGUGCGUUAG